AUGGAUUAUUUCUUAUUAAUCACAUAUUUCAUCAGUUUUAUUCCCCAGUUUCACGACUUUUCUAGUAACGAAAAUAGACGAAGCUAUAUCCUACGAGAAUCCUGGUCAGCUUAUUUUUGGACGAAAUGUAAAACUAUAGAAGAUAAAAUACAAAUAUUACCCUUUGGUAGUCCAAUAUGGAUGUUGGAAAACGAACCUUUCGAAGUAGCAUGUGAAAUCACUAGAUCUGAAGAAACUACAUCUCCCAUAGUUGAUAUAUCUAAAGAUGGUUUUCCAAUAGAACAUCAUACUGGAUAUACUGUUACAAAAACUGAAUCUGUUAAACAGGACAAAAUAGUGUUAAGACAUACAGUAACUAAAGAUUCCACGUCCAUUACUGAUGAAGGAAGAUAUUCUUGUCAAGCAGGAAGAUUUGAUGAUUUUAAAAUUAUAAAAGUUUUCUCAGAUAUUGUAGAAUAA